ACUACUCCACUGAAUUUCUCUGUCUCUCUCUCCGCCAACGCAAACGGGCUACUAGUAUUUUCACUGCACAUCACAGCAGUGAUGGUACACUUCAGUCGUACAACACACUCAUUUCAGUCCUGAUCUACACUAAUCUUCUUCAAUGUAGUAUUAUAUAAGAAUAUCAGAGUGAAGCUAGCGGCAGGAGGUGGCAAGAACACGCAAUCCCUUCGCGAUGAUCAGAGCAGUGCACGUCGCUCUCAGACGGGUUGGGUGCAGGGGGAAGAGCAGAGCCUCGGCCACCGCCGCUCUGGUCGCGAACCACUUCUCCACGUUCUCGAAUUCCGAAAGGUUGGCCGAGAAGGUGGCCGUGAUCACCGGCGCCGCCAGCGGCAUCGGCAAGGCGACCGCGAUAGAGUUCGUGAAGAAUGGCGCGAAGGUCAUCCUCGCGGACAUCCAGGACGACGCCGGCCGCUCCAUCGCCGCGGAGCUCGGACCGGGGGCGAGCUACACGCGUUGCGACGUCACGGACGAGGCGCAGGUCGCCGCGGCCGUGGACCGUGCCGUGGAGCUUCACGGGCGGCUCGACGUGCUCUACAGCAAUGCCGGCGUGAGCGGGUCGAUGGCCCCGGUCCCGCUGGGCGCCCUCGACAUGGCGGAGUUCGACCGCGUGAUGGCGGUCAACGCGCGGGCCAUGGUCGCGUGCGUGAAGCACGGCGCGCGCGUGAUGGUGCCUCGCCGGAGCGGGUGCAUCCUGUGCAUGGCCAGCGUCGCGGGGAUGCAAGGCGGCGGGAUGCCCCACGCGUACAACGUCUCCAAGGCGACCGUGAUCGCGCUGGUGCGGUCGGUGGCGGGGGAGCUGGCGAGCCAUGGCGUGCGGGUGAACUCCAUCUCGCCCUACAUCAUGGCGACGCCGUUAGGGAUGAGCGCCAUGGCGCAGAUGUUCCCUGGCAUGGGGGAGGAGGAGCGGAGGCGCCUGAUCGAGGAGGGCCUGAGCGAGCUGCGCGGCACGGUGCUGGAGGCGGAGGACGUGGCGAGGGCGGCCGUUUACCUGGCUUCCGACGAGGCCAAGUACGUGAGCGGGCACAACCUUGUGGUGGACGGCUCGUACACCGCGACGAAGCGGCCGAGUGGUUUCCCGGCCUGACCACCAGUCCACCACGCCGUCAACAAGCUCCGGUGUACUCUGCAAUAAGAGAUUAGUCAACAGUAAAGAUUGUUUGAAUAAUUCUUGUGCAUGGUUUAUUUAGCAAGUUUGUUUUUUCUUUCCUUUCUGCAUACUUAGCAUGUGUGCGCAUGACUGUUAGUUUGGUUGUGCGCGUUCUGGGCUCUUGACGUGCGCUGUGUUCGCGUGGAGAGCGCGUCGUGCGCCACGACCGAAACGUCUGGGAUGGCAGUCGUUGAUGAGGAGUGUGGCGUGCAUGUCGGGUUUACAGAUCGGAUUUUUAGCUUGUAAUCGUUGCUUUAUAUAUGAAUAAAAAGGUCCAAAGAA